UCUCCUUCAACACUCUGCCAAGUACUUGCAGCACGCGUCGAUGCUUAAUUCGAUAAUCGUUCUGUCAACAAUCCAUCUAGACGCCCUAAAAAAUGCUGCCGAAUCCCAGGUGACACCAUUGAAAUCAAGGAAAACAAUCUGAAUGAGUUUACUGACACAUUGUGGACGUCGCGUAGUUCCAUAAGCCUCAUUUACGACUUUUCAUUUCAACAAAAGUGACAAAUAAACGCAAUUUGGUGCAAUUAGUCAUGGACGGCCUUGACAGUGGCAUCAAUUCGACCGACUAUGCUAACCGGUCCACACCCAUCUACUCUAUCAAUCCGGACUUUAUUACACAAUGGAAACUAAAGAAGAAACAAGAACGAAUCUGCAAAACAUUGUACAAACGACUAAUUCAAUUCCCUGAAUGUCAAAAAGUGCUCGGUGUACCCGUCUAUCGAUCGUUAUUUGAUGGUGGCGAUAUGAACUAUCCAUGGCCGAGUAAUGAAUCAACAAUCGAAUGGAGUUAUAGCAACAUUACCAUCAAUGGAUCGGAUAUUUAUUGGAACGGUAAUCAAACACCUACGACUGAAAAUAAUAACGGACCUACACAAGUACUGCCACCAUUUGAACUAUGGCAAACGAUAUUGAUUGCCAUUAGUCUGGCAAUAUGUAUUAUAUUAACGGUUGGCGGUAAUAUUUUGGUGCUUCUAGCUUUUAUCGUUGACCGAAAUAUUCGACAACCGAGCAAUUAUUUCAUUGCAUCAUUGGCAGCGACUGAUAUGUUAAUAGGUACUGUGUCUAUGCCCUUUUACACGGUGUACGUGCUAAUGGGCUAUUGGGACUUGGGUCCUCUACUCUGUGAUUUAUGGUUAUCGGUUGACUACACCGUUUGUCUCGUGUCCCAAUACACAGUACUGCUAAUAACGGUGGACCGAUUUUGUUCAGUAAAAAUCGCAGCAAAGUACAGAAGUUGGCGUACCAAAAAUCGAGUUAUUUGGAUGGUGACCAUAACGUGGAUUAUUCCAGCGUUGCUAUUUUUCACAUCUAUUUUUGGAUGGGAACAUUUUAUCGGAUAUCGGGAUCUGUUGCCGGGACAGUGUGCAGUUCAAUUUUUAAAAGAUCCCGUUUUUAAUACUGCACUCAUCAUUGGCUAUUACUGGACAACAUUGGUCGUUCUUUUCAUUCUCUAUGGCGGCAUCUACAAAACCGCCUACGAUAUGCAAAAACGCAGCGAAGCCAAACAAAGAAAAAUGCAGUCUAUGGUGGCAUUGAGUGCCGGUGCUAUGACGGGAAUGGCUGGUAGAGCGGCAGGAAUAGGUAUUUCAAAAACUCAGAGUACACUGUUGAGUCAAGAGAAACCACGACCUAUAGCGUCGGUAGCACAAUCGUCCCUUCCUCAAUCAAACAUGACAUCUUCUUCGUCUUCAAAUCAAAUAAUUGAACAGAGUCAAAAACCAUCCGUGCCAAAGGUAACGAAAGAGAAUAACGAUGGCCGAUCGCGAAGUCGUACGAAACGAAACCAGAACGAGGGCGAUAAGAAUGAAAGAUCCAGCAGUCCUGCCUUCGAUUCUGACGAUGAUAGUUCAGCGAAUGUUGCCCAGCAACAGUCGUUAUCAAAGAAACGAUCAUCGAUAGCCGGAAUUUUUGUGCAAGCUCAAAUGCCGGUUUUAAAUCCAUGCAUCAAUGGAACUGUGAAAACCACAACCACUCCGACAAAAUCCAAUGAAUUAUACCCAGGUAUUCCGCCAGUUCCUCCUCGAAAAAGUAUAACUCCAAGCGUGAAGAACGAUGCCUUAUCGAGAAUAAAUGAAAUUUGCUUAUUGGAUUCGGAGAACAGAACCCCAUCCGAAAUGCAACAAGUCGUUCCAUUGCAACCGACACCUAUUCAAUCUCCCAUUUCACCAAAAGACAUAGCUCCACCUGAACCGACAAACUCACAGGAACAGAUUCGACUGUCUCAUGAGAUUCUACCGCCGCCAGACGAAUUUCUUAGUAGUCCGAUUUCAGGUGGUUCUCCAUCUCAAUCGGAAAGACCGAACCAUUUAGUUGUAAGCACCAACAGUGAUAUAACAAUGACAAAUGAUGUUCUCGGAGGAAUGGAUGGUGCGGAUCUACGAUUUAUGGACGAAAGUUCUGUAAUUGCAUCGUCACCACAAAAUGAAAGUCCUGUAUCGUCAAUACGACUACCCCAACAGCACAAAUCACCCGCCAAAUCAACAAAUGCCAAUAUAGCUAAUCCGUCAUUGCUGCAAAAAGCACUUAUUAAAGCUACCGCACAAUCAAAACAACCAUCACCAGCUGUCCUACUCAACACACUGGACUAUCAAACAUCACCAACAAAUUCACAGCCUUCGGAAACAUUCAAUAAAUUCAAUACAACUGUUAGCGUUACAGAAAAGCCGGACCGACCAAUAACAGCGAUCGUUACAUCUCGUCAAACAUCGAAUUUGGAUGGCGUAUCUAACAAUAUAACAUGCACUGAAGCAUCGGGUACUAUAACGAAAAGUACUGUCCUAGCGCAAACUUCAAACGCUGCUACAAUUAUGGCUGUAACAACAACUGUAGAUUUAAGGAAACCUAAAAUGGCAUCUGUUGCACCGGCCGCAACUGCUCCGUCAACAUCAAAUACUUCCGACAAGCCGGAACAAUCCUCUAAACGUGAUUUUAUUCGAUCGAUUGGCAAACGGUUGAAGGGCAAAAAGAAAGUACCGCCGAAUGCUGGCCGACAAAAAUCCAAGUCUGAAAAUCGUGCGCGCAAAGCAUUUCGAACCAUUUCGUUUAUACUGGGAGCAUUUGUUGCCUGUUGGACACCCUAUCAUGUGCUUGCCUUAGUCGAAGGAUUCUGUGCGGAUCCACCGUGCACCAACGGACAUUUGUACAUGUUUUCGUAUUUUUUAUGUUAUGCAAAUAGUCCAAUGAAUCCAUUUUGUUAUGCAAUGGCUAAUCAGCAGUUCAAAAAGACAUUUACGCGAAUACUCAAGGGUGAUCUGCAUAUGACUUAGGUAAUUAUAAAUUUUUGUAAAAACAAAAAAAUUUUAGAAAAAAGAAACAUCAAAUUUUGGUCAAUUUGGUAAACGUAAUACUCAAAGUAAACUUACUAAAUUAAUGUACACUUGAUGUCAUGUUGCAGAAUAUAGAAAAACAAAAUUAUUUAUUUUGGAA